AUGAAAAGGUCAAUGGACUCACCUUUCGUCGAAGAAAUAAGGCAGUUCCGCCCACCAGCAAACUUUGUGCAGCCCCAGUUCAAGGAAUUAUUCGACGGAAAAAGCGGCGAUCCAGUGGAACAUGUCCAACAUUUUCAAGCUUCAAUUAGUCUGUGGGGAUAUAGCGAUGAGUUGUUGUGCAGAACUUUUCCUGUGACACUGAUGGGUAGCAGUCUUUUAUUUGGAUUGCGUCAAGAAACGAAUGAAAGUCUGGCAGCUUUCAACCAACAGUUUCGCAAAGAGGUUGGAGAAGUCGGCGAGGUUAAUGCUGGGCUCAUCAUUGAAGCGUACAAGAAUGCCUUGCCUUAUGAUGAGUUCGGCAUAUUCAAUUCCUUAACCGUGCAACCGGUAGGAAACCUCAAAGAACUAUAUGCAAGGGCAGAUAGCUACGCAAGGGCAGAAAAAGAAAAAAGAGCAAAACUAUCACGGACGAAAGGGGCAGCAGAAAUGCCAUCCAAAGUGAGACGCAACCCAGAGGAAGACUCCAAGAAAAAGAAUCGUGAAAGCUCGAAAGGCCGAAAUGAAGAAAUAAGCGAGUCUAAAAAAGGGCAAAGGAGAGAUGGAGUGAAGUUUCCAAGCCUUAACAUUGGGCUAGGAGAACUCCACAAGAAGAUCAGAGAUUCGCUCCCUAUCCCAAGACCGCUAUUCAAAGAUACUAAAGGCAAAAGAGAUAAAAGCAAAUUUUGUGCUUAUCAUAACGACAAUGGGCAUACCACAGACACUUGCCGAACGCUAGCGUUCGAGGUCCAGAAACUGGUCGACGAAGGAAAACUCCAACAGUACGUGAAGAAAGACCCAUCACGUAUCAAUGCACUUAAUUUGCAAGAAAUAUUCGUGAGCCAUGCGAAAAUCGAUUCUGCUUCAAGAAAAGCUCAUGAAAAUGCGACGCGCCUGAAGAUACGGCAAAUACAGGAUUGGAGAAAUUCGAACAAAGUGGAUUAUGUCAAUAUGAUAGGCACCGAAACUUUGGAAGAAGGGAAGACAGAGAUAUUAUUCACAAAUGUCGAUUUUGACGGAGUUUAUCGUCCACAUAAUGAUGCGAUUGUUAUUCUAGCCCUCAUCGGAAUGUAA